GUCGAUGCUGAGCGUGCCGGGGGCACUGCCCGCCUCCCUGCACAAUGGAUGGCUUCUACGACCAGCAGGUCCCCUUCAUGGGCCCUGGGAAAUCCUGUGCCGAGGAGGGCCGAGGCCGGUUGGGCUCCGAGAGGAAAAGGAAGUUUUUGGAGACCGACCUCGCCCACGACUCGGAAGAGCUCUUCCAGGAUCUCAGCCAGCUGCAGGAGGCCUGGCUAGCUGAAGCUCAGGUCCCCGACGAUGAACAAUUUGUCCCAGAUUUCCAGUCUGACAACCGUAAGUAACCGUCCCGGAGUUUGCUCUGUGGGGUGGAAGCAUUUGGGGCCCUGCAUGCAACAGUGUAGGACCCCUUCCCUGGGAAAGAGACCAGCACCAAACCCCUGAGGCCUCGAGACCUUCGGGCUUUGGAGAGGGAGCACGUGUGGGUUUGUGCAGCUGGGGCUUAGUGUCCCGUGUCUCAUAAAUCUGGACCAAACGCAGGGAAGGGUCUCUGCCUGAGCCCUGGGCUCCCCUUCGUAGUAGCGUCAGUUUGCUCCAAAAUGCUGCUUUUCGUUUUCAAGUGGAAGCGAGAGCUCGUGCUGGGCUUGUCGGUUAGCCACAAUCUCUGCACUCCUGCAGCUUUUUCCAGUCCUGGCCUCGUGCUGCUGGCGAGAGCCAACCCGAGCGGUGAAACUUGAGCUGCUUUAAGCAGCAUUAAUCUCUGGCAAGCGAGCGUGUUUAAAAGGAGGCCAGUGAAAAUGCAGUCCCUCUUGAAUUGCAUAAUAGAGAGAGAGUUGUUUCUUAGCCGUGGUUCACUGCCCGAGCCAGGGUCUGCCGCACAGCUAAUGGUGCACUGUGCGUGUGCGGAGAGCUCUGGCAUUAAUUCUCAGAUGGGGUUGGGGGCUUUGAGUUGUUACCUGGAGAACACGAGGAACAGCCCGGUGCUGGGUUUGCAGCUCAGGCAGAGAGCUAGAGAACUUGAAGGAAAUCAAAUUUAGCCUGCAGUCGAACAGAUUUUUCAUUCCAGCUUUGUCACAGCAUGCAUCAGAGUAUCUUAUACUACAGUAAAUGCAUGUUAAUUAUUGCUCUUUGAUUACUUCUGAAUGGGAAGCUUGCCAUUAAACUGUUCCAGACAGCCUGGGCUUCAGAUGCGCCUUUUUUCCCCCUUUCUCUCCCGAGAUAAAAGGCAGAGCCCCGAGGCAGAGCCGCAGCCGCUGCUGCCAUCCGCGCUCAGCCCAGCAGCUCCCGCUUGGAGCGGCACAAACUGCAGCGUGCGUGGGAGGCUGGCUGCGGAGCAGAGCUGCUUCCAGAGCCUUUUGGCAGCCGCCGGCUUCCUUGUAACCUGAACGGCUCAGGGAGAAGAGAGACAAACUUCUCUGGGCGAUGCAGGGGGGAAAAAGCAUUUGGUCGAGGCUUUUAGUGAGCUCCUUUCUCGCUCAGCCUGUGCGGCCUGGUGUCACUGGGGUCAAAACAAUUUUGUCACCUGAAGGGUGAUGUCCCUGCGUGACUUCCUGCCGUAAUAACCUUCCUGGGGAGAUGAAGCAAAGGUCUCCUCGCUGGCUGGGGUGUUUGACCCCAGAGUUCCCAGUGAUGGCAGCUGCCGUGGGGGCAUGAUGGGAUGGGUGGCGGUUCGAUCCCAAUGCCCCCAUGCACUGUGCUGAGUGUCGGUGACACCCAUCGUUCCCACCUUGCUGAAAGCCCUGGUGGUGUGCAAGCUGCCUGCAGAACGGCUGAUAAAACUCUCAUGGGUCACGAUGUCAUGGCAGAAGUUGGGUUUGGCAGCAUGCAGACAGGUGUUGGCCAACACAUGGCACGUGUCUCCUGUCCUGGGGAGGAGGGCAUGUGCCCAGCACCUUAUCUGGGGCAGUUGUUUACAUAGGCGCAGGGCGAUAGGACUGUGCUGGGAACAGCGAGCGCUGGCGGUGGGAAGGUGUAGGGUCCUUUUUUGGUAGGGAGGAGUGUUGUUCCCUGGGGAAUCGUGUCCCCCCACAUGGAUGGUUCACAGCGAAGGCGAUGAGCAGGCGUCUUUUUUUUAAUUUUAUUUUUAGACACCCAAAUGAAAGCAGGAGGUUUGUUUUGAGGAAGGAGAGCUUAAACAAAGGAAAGCAGGAGCACAGCUUCUAUUUCUGGCUCCUCUCCUGGUGUGACCUUGGGUGCGUCCUGUGCCGGGGGGACAGAGGGGCU